GAGGAAGACCAGAGAGAAGGCUGCGUCUCCUCCUACCCUACACGCUUCCCCGACUGUGGUCCGCCCGCUUCGCAAGAUGACGUCUUCUUUGCUGUGAAGACAUGUGAGAAGUUUCACACGGAGCGAGUGCCCGUAGUACAGCGGACGUGGGGCAAGCAUGCCAAGCACAUAGAGAUCUAUAGUGAGAAGGAGGACACGUCCAUUCCUACAGUCUACCUCGGAGUCAACAACACGGAGCGAGGGCACUGUGCCAAGACGUUUGCGAUACUACGCCGUGCCUUAGAACAACCACUCAUCAGCAAGAUGCAGUGGCUGGUGAUCGCAGAUGAUGACACGCUGCUCAGCGUGCGGCGGAUGCUUCAGCUGCUGGCGUGUUACGACCCCCGGCAGGCUGUAGCGCUGGGAGAGAGGUACGCGUACGGAGCGACGGCUGGCUUCGGCUACGACUACCUCACCGGAGGCAGCAGCAUGGUGUUCAGCAUCACGGCGGUCAGACAGAUGCUGGACAGCGGUCGCUGCAUGUGUCCCACGCCGGACACGCCGGAUGACAUGACCAUCGGCAUGUGCCUCAAGUCACUUGGCAUCCCCGUCACUCACUCACCCUACUUCCACCAGGCAAGGCCUGAGGACUACAGUGAGGACAUGCUCAGCCACCAGCUGCCUGUCUCCUUCCACAAGCACUGGAUGGUCGACCCCUACCGCGUCUACGACGACUGGUUCGCAGACGCCGACGUCGCCCACGACGAGCUAUAACACAAGAGCAUCCGUUCGUCUCGCCGCCUCGCGGGAGGAGAGGGCGUCGAUCGCUGGGCCGGGGAGGCAGCGCAGUGGAUGGAAAAGCCAGAGCAGUGGCCAUAUGCGAGGGAGGGCAGUCAAUAGUGGGAACAGCCAGAGCAGUGAUUGUAUGCCAGGGAGGGCAAUUGAUAGAGUGAACAGCCAGGGUACUGGUCAUACAUCAGGGUGGGUGUUCGACGGAGGGAGCAGCCAGUUAGAUGAUCGGGGGAAGGACACGCAGUCGAGGAAACAGCCAAGAGUUCCCUGUAGAGAGAGAGAAGGCAGCAGGAAUGAGGGCAGACAUUAAUAAACAUGCACCUCACCCCUGUGUCCGCUCACGAUUGCCUCUGUCUCACCCACAGGCACUUGAAGCGUUUCAAUAAAAUAUAAUGCUAAAUAUAUAUGCCCAUGCCCAUGGCUACCGCUG